UCAUAAUCAUGUUUUAAACUCGUAGAUGAUAUUCCUGACAUUUUAAUCGCGCUACACCACAAUUACAACAAAUCAUAAUGGUUGUACAAGGGAUAGGCUCUGCGACUGACGUGCCUUUUUGUCCCUUCUCCUCACUUGGCUCCAGCUUUUGGUCGUCUCGUUGCCUUUCUUUCUUAUCUUGUUGGCUUAUCCACCUUGCAACGUUUGCACCACACUGCAUCUGCAGUUGUGCUUGGACUUCCUCAUAUUAUUUUUCUUUUAGAAACAUCUCCAAAACAUUAAGAAAAAACGAUGGCCGCUGCUGCCCCCUGCCUUCAGUUGCAAAAUAGGGCGCCAGCCUGGCUCAACUGCCAGCGCAGGAGCAGCAACAGCAGCAGAAGAGCAAUGACCAUGGGAUUUAGAACUGCAAAUGGACAUAGUAAGACAUCAAAGAGCAAGAGAUGCGGAUUGGUGAAAUGCAGUGGCAGUGAGAUUGGGAUAGGCGACUUCAUUGGAGGCGAUCUAUUAAGAUUUGAUUUAGGGCGUUGGCUAUCCGAUGUAGAAGAGCACAAAGCCCUCGCUAUUUACGCCCCGCACGAGGGAGGCUACGAGGGUCGCUACCUUACCCGCCUACGAUACCAAGGAUACUAUUUCCUCGACCUUACUGCUCGUGGCCUUGGUGAUCCGGAGACUACCCUCACCAAGAUCCAUCCUGUUUGCCCUGCUCACGUUGGGAAGCAACCGAUAGCAAGGUGGUAUUUCCCGCCAGAAGUUGAUUAUAGGCUCCAGGCAUUGCCUCCUGAUGCUAAAGGGCUUGUCGUCUGGAUAAUUGAAGCCAAGGUUCUCUCCAAUUCGGAGCUGCAGUUUCUUGCUUUGCUUCCCACCCUCCGACCUAAAGUUAGGGUUAUUGCCGAAUGUGGAAACUGGAGAAAAUUCAUGUGGAAACCACUCAAAGAAAUUUCAGGACUAACUGCUGAGGAAGGAGCAUGAACAACAGUAAUGCGGAUACUAUAGCAAAUGUUGAGAGAAUCAACAACCUGGUAGUGGAACACUCAUAACUCCUGUAUUACCCAAGUAUCUAAAGGCCUUUUAAACUGUGCUGCAAAGAAGAAAACACACGUAAUUCAUGGAGAGAUCAUUAAACUUACCUGUCAAUGUCAUUCCAGAUAAUGUAGUCCAGAAUUUCCGUCGGCUAUAAUCAAUAGUCAUCUUCCGCUUCUUUUAUUGACACGCUACCUAGUGUUGAACAACUAUGACCCACACUAAGAUCCUUUUUACAUGAUUUGAUCGCAUCUCCAAAUGAGAAGCCUUUCAAAAGUAGCUACAUUGCACCACGCAAAAUCAUAUUACCAAUGCAGAUGCGCUCAAGCAUGGAAGAACCACAAUGUUGCUUAUCAUGCACUGUAUACCAUGUUGUUCACCAUGAACUGUAUUCCAUUUAAAAUAAUAAUUUAAAAAAACUCAAAAAGAUCCAAAUGGCUGACAUCAUUUUUUUUCAAAAAAG